CAUAAUAUUGCAGUCAUGUUCGCUUUUCUUAGUACUUCAAAGUCACUUCUAGUACACACGGAGCAGUCGGUUUGGUGCGCAGGAACGUUACAUAUGGUCUUGUACUAAGAACUCCCAAAGCGUUCCCACUGUGUCACACCAGCUUACUCUGGCAUCAAGAUUCUUAGCAACUUUGGUCAACCCCAUACACUAAGCAUCAGCGAUAUAAGUUACAGCUUAUGCAUCGCCGUAUAGUCAGCCCGUUCACCACACAUGCCGCUCGUGUUGCGUAUCCCUUCAAAAGUGGAUAUCGGUAUCGGGGAUUGGUUGCUAAGAAUAUGAAAUGUCAGCCUAUUAAAACAUUCGAUAUCAGAAGAACAUCUAGACAGUACUCUCAAGCCCUCAAACCACAUCCAAACAUGAGUUUUUGCAAGCACUGCAUCCAAGGUGUACGCCAUGAGGGUGAGGCUCUGGGCAAACUUGAAACCAUCGCCGGUGUCGAUUGCUACGUCGCUACCCCUACUGUUGACUAUCCCAAGGACAAAGUCAUCCUAUUCCUGCCGGAUGUUUUCGGUAUCGAGCUCCUCAAUAACAAGCUUCUAGCAGAUGACUUUGCAAAAAACGGCUUCAAGGUCGUUGCACCCGACUACUUAAACGGCGAUGCUCUUGCUGCUGAUGCCAUGAACUCUCCCUCGUUUGAUUUGAUGGGAUGGCUCUCCAAGCACGGCGCCGACCAGACCCGCCCGCCCGUUGAUAAGGUCAUCGCCGCACUCAAAGCGGAAGGUGUCACCAAGUUUGGCGCAACUGGCUAUUGCUUCGGCGGUCGUUACACUUUUGACCUUGCAUUUGACAACGCCAUUCAGUGCUCCGUGGUCUCCCACCCCUCGCUCUUGAAGGUCCCCCAAGACCUCGAGACGUACUUUUCCAAAUCACAGGCACCUCUCCUGAUCAACUCCUGUGAAGUCGAUCAGAUGUUCCCUAUCGCAGCCCAAGCACAGGCCGAUCAAAUCUUUGGCGAUGGGAAAUUUGCCCCAGGGUACAAGCGCGAGUAUUUCCCUGGUUGCACGCAUGGGUUUUCUGUACGUGGGGAUAUAAAAGACCCAUUGAUCAAAGCUGGGAAGGAGGGCGCGUUCAAGGCGGCCGUGGAGUUCUUCAUCGCGCACCUGUGAGCAGUCUGUCUGUUAUAGGUGUGGUACGAAUACAAAUGCAAUAUGCAAUAUGCAAUCAAAUACGAAACUAAAAUUGUAACCUGACGUGUGCAAUCGUACUACCACGUUGCUA